UUGGAGCAACUCAACUAUUCUUUUCCUUAUCCAUACGAUCCCGCUAGCAACUCUUGUCUCUCCACCCAUCGGCUCAAUUUCGUGACUUCGCCAUGCCAGCAACACUCACGGGCUGUGGGAUACCCACAACUCCACCACGCCUUUUCUCCUCUUUUCAUCAGUGUUGUGCCGCCGCGAGAUCAGCGGAAGUGACCGAGCUUAGGGUUUGCGUGAACCGUAGCUGCGGUAAGCAAGGUUCGAGGGAGACGCUUGAAGUCCUCUCGAGCAUCGCGCCUCAUGGCGUUUCCAUCGCCUCUUGUGGCUGCCUAGGUCGCUGUGGUGCCGGCCCCAAUCUGGUAGUUCUCCCUGGCGGUGGCAUCGUAAGCCACUGCAGCACGCCGGCGAGGGCAUCUCGGCUGCUUGCUGAUAUCUGUGGUGAUGAAUUUGAUCCGUGGAGGAACCUGGAGGUUCUUUCUUUAAGGAAGAAGGGGGAAGUAGAAUUGGAGAAAGGCAAUGCCUCUGAGGCCCUGGCGCUGCUGAAUCAGGCUAUUGAGCUUAAUCCUUCCGGAGGUUUGCAGUUCAUCUACAAAGCCAGAUCAGCUGCUAAAUUAGGAAUGGGAGACAAUGAUGGUGCUCUUGAAGAUGCUAAGGAAGUAUGUAAGAUAGCACCUUAUUUUCCUCAGGCUUACAUUUGCCAAGGUGAUGCUUUACUGGCAAUGGGAGACUUGAAUGCUGCUGAGAAGGCUUAUGCCACUGCUUUGGAUAUUGAUCCAUCUAUUCGCAGGUCCAAAUCAUUCAAGGCUCGAGUUGCAAAACUUAGAGAGAAGCUCCUCGUAGCGAAUGCCUAAUUCCUGAACUCUUUCAUAAGUUGAAGAGUGAGGCUCCUGUCUGCUUCGAAGUUAGUGCUGAGGUAUCGUCGGCUUAAGAAAAUAAAAAAAAUUGAAAUGCUGUGGGUUUAAAUUCUAUAAAUCCUAUCAGGGGAAUUUACGUACAUGUCAUUAAAAUCUCUUGUAUUUAUGCAUUUGAACUCCUGACGGAUACUGAGAACUGAAAGGCUGAGAGUUCUUUACGUUUCUGUAUAUUGUUACUUUGUCCAAGGCCUGUAAUUAUGGUUUCAUAUUGCUGGAUAUUGGGAGCUGAAA